UUUAUAUUUAUUUGUUAGAAUACAGUGCAUUCACAGGACAACUCGUACUUUCAUCACACCAACAAACCUCCAGACACCUUUCUGAAGAACUCACAUCAACAUGAAGAACUUGCAUCCAUAUGAAGAACUCACAUCCACAUGAAGAACUCGCAUCCACAUGAAUGACUCACGUCCACAUGAAUAACUCACAUCCACAUGAAGAACUCACAUCCACGUGAAUAACUCACAUCCACAUGAAGAAGUUACAUCCACAUGAACUCACCUCCAGAUGAAGAGCUCACAUCCACAUGGCAGAGCUCACCACACAGACUGAACAUGUUAACUGGAUUCAGCAGCAGCACACCUAUACUAAUACUUAAUCAUAAUAAUAAUAAUAAUAAUCAUCAUCAUCAACACUGAUAAUACUGUGUGCCACCUCCCCUCUCUUUUCCACUUCUGUCAAAACCCAAAUGUUAAAGCAAACUUCUUCCUGCAUUGCUAAAAACUAAGAGCUCAUCAUGGCAAAAUGCAUCACAAAACACACAACUCAGAGUACGGCAUUACUUCACAAACACCUUUGGUUCAUUUUUGGUUUUAUAUCAGUUUAAAGAAAAUGUGAUUUUGAUAUUCUCUUUGCUGGAUCUCACAAUCCGGAGAGUAAAUAUAAGCUUCAGCGUGGUGAAAGUGAAUGCCUCCCUAAUGAGGAGUUGUUAGCUGACACUGCUGUCGUAAAUAAAUGAUGACAAAGUUGAUGACAAUAAAGUUGUUGGCUGAUUGUUGUAAUAAAUAAAUGAUAAUAAAGUUGGUAAUUCAGGGGUCGUGUGUUAGGCUGUAAACUGAGGUCAAGCCCAACGCCCAAACUGUCCUCACGUCUGACGGCACACAAUGUGUGCAAUUCGUUGCAUUUUGUAGCAAAUUAUACAAGUAUGGUUAAGCUCUGUCAGUUACCAUUUGUGUAUUUGCAUAGUAUACUAGUUAAUAAGUAGUAAGUAGAAUGAAUAUUCUGAUUUUUACCACAUGGGUACAAAAGAAACAUAUAAAGCAAUGACAUCAGUUUACUGGCAAUUAUGGAAAUCACAUUUCUUUGUUAUAACCUUCAAGAAGGGUAUCACCACAGGAAAGAACAAUUCAUAAAGGGUCGAAAAGACAUGCAUGUUAGGGUUGAUACUCCUGCCUGUGCCCCUGAGCAAGGCCUAGCUACACAGCUAGAAUGGGUUACAUGCAGAGAAUUUCCCCACAGGGAUCAAUAAAGUAUCUCAAAACCAAAAACAAAUAAACAAAUAAAAAAUCAUAACACACCCAGACGUGAUGUGCAACCAAACUGUGUGCCAGAAGGUUUCCCCUUCAUGGACAAUUUUGCUUGAAGAUGAAAAUAUCAUGAACCUGAGAUAAAGAUGGUGGCUUAAAAUUGUUGAGAUAGUUGCACCAACAUUUUUAACAACGUUGGUGGUCACACAAACCGAGUCUACUGCCCUUCCCAGGAAGCCUACCACUAGAUGGACAUUUGUCAUUGGGCUUCAGUCCCGUGAAGUCAUUUAAUUCCCAGGACGUCACUUAACCCCUCGAAAACUGUGAGCGAUCUCGUUUUUGAGGGCAGGAAGCUCACAGUGCAGUCAAACGUAUCUUGAUUUACUUUGUUUUGUUUUUUUGUUUUUCAGAGUUUAUUUUGAAUAACAGCAACAUAUUGUUUAAUUUGGCUCCACUAUUUACAGUGGACACAGUGCAUGACAAUCACCUGUAAAAUUCUGCACUCGCGAGCAGGAAGUCCCAUAGCCCAGUGGUCCCAUAUCCUGGUGUUCCCGUAGCCCGGUGGUCCAGUAGCCCAGUGGUCCCAUAGCCCGGUGGUCCCCUAGUCUGGUGGUCCCGUAGCCCGGUGGUCCCCUAGUCCGGUGGUCCCGUAGCCCGGUGGUCCCAUAGCUUUGCAAAACAAAUCUCUUUGCAGUAACAUGAUGGCGAGUGUGGUUUACAACUAUUUUACAACUAUAAGAUACAUCUGACUGCAGGAUGAGUUUCCAGUUUUGGAAAAGGGGAGCAUGUUUUCUGAAGGUUUAAACGAUUCCCCUUUGGGCUGUUAAAGUCCUGCAAGAAGAUUUGACAAAGUGGUACUUUUCCCCCGAGAGGUUUUUAUCUGUAUGAUUCUAAAUGAUGCCUGACAAUGUUUUCGAAAAGUGAAUUUAUCCUGUAACAACGUCCACAAUCCCACUUUCACCCAAACAGUCAUUCAGGAAUCAGAAUAAUUUUGUCAUUUCAUUUCAUGCAUUUGCACACAUGAAAUGAAACACGGUUCCCUCAGCUCACAGCAGGGCAACACAAAGACACGUCCAAACCCUACAAAAACUACAAGAACACAUGUAUCCAAACUAACACACAUAUCUAAACUAAAUUAAAAAAAAUCACUGUCCAGCAGAACGAACGCCAGCCAGGAUGACUGUUGGAACUGCCGGUCUGCAUAGGCUAGCAGUUAGCUUAGCCUGCUCUGCGUCUGCAUCCUGUCAGACCACUCUUGGUGUUUCCUCUUUCAGCUCCAGGCAGGGUCGUGGUCCCUGGACCCACAGGACGCACCACCAAGCUCUCCCAACCAUCAAACGAAGACACAAACUUAGACGCAGACGUAGACAAAGACUGCAUGGAUGGUGCUGGCAAGUGAAACUAACUCCAGACCCAGCCCUAGACCUAGUCCCAGAUCAAGCACUACUGGCAGUCAGAGUGAGUCGACUUCUCUUUGGAACCGGCCCAAUAAAAACCAGACUCUCAUAGAUAUGACUUUCUCUUCAACCCCUGACACAACACUAGCCUCGGUCCCAGUUCCAAUGCCAACUCCAGCCCCAAUCCCAGCUCAAGCCCAUACUCAAACUCCAAACCCAACUCCAGCCCCGGCAUCAACUGGACGUUUCAGCCGAAUGGGCUCUAUCAGCAGCAUCUUCCGCUCUCUUCGCCAUGCCACUGCCCAAGCCACACAAGCCACCAACACUCAGUCCAGAGGAGGAAACCCAUUGUGCAUCCAGAGCCUUACAGAAGAGACACACAACUGAGCUGAGAACUGC